CCUUCCUCUUAUCAGUAUCAAAUCCCAACUAUUUAAGCCAGCAACCCCACGAAAAAAACCUUUUUUUCCCAACGUCUCUCUGCUCUUGAUACCACCAAUUGUCCGCAUAUACCCCCACACACACUAACACAAACACACAAAUAAUAACAAUGUCCAAGCCUAUUGCUCUCCUCUCUGUGUACGACAAGACCAACCUUCUGGAGGUCGCCACGCAGCUGCACGAGCUCGGCAUCGACCUCGUCGCAUCCGGCGGCACCUCCAAGGCUAUCCGCAAUGCCGGCCUCCCAGUCAAAGACGUCUCAGACAUAACGCGUGCGCCAGAGAUGCUCGGCGGACGCGUCAAGACCCUUCACCCAGCAGUGCACGGCGGCAUUCUCGCGCGCGACCUGGCAAGCGACGACGCCGAUCUUCUGGCGCAAGGAAUCGACAAGAUCACAUACGUGUUCUGCAACCUGUACCCGUUCAAGGACACCGUGGCACGCCCCGGUGUGACAAUCGCCGAGGCUGUCGAAGAAGUGGACAUUGGUGGCGUUACGCUGCUGCGCGCUGCGGCGAAGAACCACGCGCGCGUCAGCAUUGUCUGCGACCCUAAGGACUACCCGCAGCUGGUGGAGGAGAUCAAGCAGGGCGGCGUGGCUCUGGAGACGCGCCAGCGGCUGGCGCUCAAGGCGUUCAGCCACACAGCCGACUAUGACUCGGCCAUCUCCGACUACUUCCGCCAGCAGUACGCCCAGGGCUCGGCGCAGCUGCCCCUGCGGUAUGGCGCCAACCCGCACCAGAAGCCCGCCCAGGUGUUUAUUGCCGACGGUGAUCUGCCGAUCAAGGUGCUGAGCGGAUCGCCCGGGUACAUCAACCUUCUGGAUGCGCUUAAUGCCUGGCCGCUGGUCAAGGAGCUUAAGCAGGCGCUGGGUCUUCCGGCUGCUGCCUCCUUCAAGCAUGUGUCGCCCGCCGGCGCUGCCGUCUCCGUCCCCUUGUCUGCUGAGGAGCAGCAGGUGUACAUGGUCGAGGGCACGCAGCUCAGCCCGCUGGCCAUCGCUUAUGCGCGCGCGCGCGGUGCCGACCGCAUGUCGUCGUUCGGCGACUGGGCGGCGCUCUCCGAGAUCUGCGACGUGGCGACAGCGAAGCUGAUCUCGCGCGAAGUCUCCGACGGCGUCAUCGCGCCCGGAUACGAGCCCGAGGCGCUGGCGAUUCUGCAGCAGAAGAAGGGCGGCAAGUACUGCGUCCUGGAGAUCGACCCAGAGUACGAGCCGGCCCUUGUUGAGACCCGCCAAGUCUACGGCCUCAGCCUCCAGCAGAAGCGCAAUGACGCGGUUAUUACGCCAGAGCUUUUCUCGAAGAUCGUCAGCCGCAACCAGGAGAUGACCGAGGCUGCAAGGAGGGAUUUGGUUGUGGCGACGAUUGCGCUCAAGUACACGCAGAGCAACUCUGUGUGCUAUGCGAAGAACGGCAUGGUUGUUGGGCUUGGUGCCGGGCAGCAGUCGCGUAUCCACUGUACGCGGUUGGCGGGCGAUAAGGCUGAUAACUGGUGGCUGCGUCACCACCCCAAGGUACUCGCUAUGCGGUUCGCCAAGGGUGCGAAGCGCGCCGAUAAGUCCAAUGCCAUUGACCUUUAUGUUACUGGUCAGACCGGUGAGGGCGUUGAGCUGGAUGCGUGGAGGGCGAACUUCGCAGAGGUGCCAGAGCUGCUUACUGCAGAAGAGCGCAAGGAGCAUAUGAGGAAGUUGAGUGGUGUUGUGGUUUCUUCGGAUGCCUUCUUCCCGUUCUCGGAUAACAUCCACAGAGUGCACAGAUCGGGCGUUGACUUUGUUGCUGCGCCCUCGGGCAGUAUCCAGGACGCGGUCGUUAUCGACGCUGUUGACGGGUACAACAUGGUGUUUGCCCACACGAACCUGCGUCUGUUCCACCACUAAAAUACUGUGGAAUAGUUAUUUUUUUUUAUAAAACCCUUUUCUUAUUUUUAUUCUUAUGGGGCUUCUUUUAUAUACAAACGCGGAAUAUUCAGUUUU